UUUUAGAAUAAAAAAAAUUUAAUCCUUCUCUGCACCUUUCAAAAUCAAUGUGUUGUUUUUUUUUUUUUUUAAUCAUCACCUCGCGGCCCGUCCUCCUCGAUCAUGGACCACGAAGAACCACCCCUGGACCACGGCAUCGCGGUCCAGGCUGUAGCCGCGACACCGUGGACCGCAGCAUUGCGGUCCACGAUGCCUCCUCUCUCGCGGUCCACGGGUGAGACAGAGGGAGGAUCUCUCUCUGUUACAGAGAGAUCCUCGGUCCAUGCUCAAGCCGCGACACCGUGGACCGCACCACCACGGUCCACGGUGCCUCCCCUUACAGAGAGAGAGGAUCUCUCUCUGUUACAGAGAGAGAGGAUCUCUCUGUAACAGAGAGAGAGGAUCUCUCUCUAUAACACAGAGAGAUCCUCUCUCUGUACGCUUAAUGAUCUCGCGGUCCACGGUGGACCGCGAGAUCCUCCCUCUGUUGCAGGGAGGGAGUUCUGGUGGACGGCGAGCUCUUUUCCCUCUCUGUUACAGAGGGAGAGAGAGAGAGAACAGAGAGAGAAAUCUCUGUUACAGAGAGAGAUUUCCCUCUAUGGUUCGGGUGGACCAAAUUUUUCCUCUCUCUUCGGGUGGACCAAGUUUUUCCUCUCUCUGUUACAGAGAGAAAGAUAGAUUUGUAUUUAGAAUUUUAAUGGAGUUUGGUAAUAUUAUUGUUGCCUUCUAACUUAUGAUUGGAUCAUUUUCUGUCAGGUACUAUCACCUAGUGGCUCAGAAAUUUGCAAUCUCCAUUGCACUUUGAAGCUUUAAGAAAAGAACAAAUGUCUAAGAAGAGCCAACAUACCCUUGCUGGUCCAUCAACCCAAGAUGAGAAGAAGAGGAAGGCCAUUUGGAAUGAAAAAUUGAUAGAGGAGUUUAUCGAUAUAUGUAUUGGUGAAGUUGAAGCUGGUAAUCGCCCAGGAACACAUUUCAAUAGGUUAGGGUGGGCCAAUAUAAUUAAGAAAUUCAAUGAGAAGACUGGAAAUCAAUAUGACUACAAAAAAUUUAAAAAUAAGUGGGAUAACCUGAAAGCAAAUUGGAGCAUUUGGAUGAAAUUGGUGGGAAAGAAAACAGGACUUGGAUGGGAUCCUGUUAGAAAUACAAUAGAUGCACCAGAUGCAUGGUGGGAAAAAAAAUUGCAGGAGAUUCCUGAUGCAGCUAAGUUUCGAGAACGUGGUCUACAACAUGCCAUAAAAUUGGAUAGGUUAUUUAGAGGUACUAGUGCCACUGGGGAGGGGGCCUGGGCACCAGCUUUACUGGUGCAGGAGGAUGUUGAGGACACAAUUGAAGUAUAUGAGAGGUUGGAUGGGGUUAAUAAUGAUACAUUUGAGGGCUUAGGUGACUCAGAUGAGGACCAUCAUAUGAUUGAGUAUAAAAUUGAUGAUGUUCCCACUGAUAAUUUUAAUGUUAACCUUACUCUUGCAUCUGAUGCUAUCCAAGAGAGAGGAAAGAAAAGAGUUAGCUCUACUUUGCAUGAUAAGAAAUGCAAGAAGGUUGGGGGUGCUGCACAACUAUCUCAGCAAUUGAGUCGUCUUAUUGAUGCAGUGGAGAAGAAAAGUACAGUGCCAUCCAAGAUGAUUGAUAAACCUGGACGUAGUAUCGAUGAGGUGAUGGACGUAGUGCAUAUGAUGCCUGAGAUGGUAGCACAACCUGAACUGCUUUUGAUUGCUGCUGAGGUGCUCCUUAAAAGAGAACAUCGAGAGAUGUUUAUGGCACUCCGAGAUACCAAUCUUCGAAUUGAAUGGCUCAAGCGAAUGUCAAACUUACAUAAGUAGUUGUUGACGUACUAUUAUGGCAAUAUGUUUUGUAGUUUUAAUUAUGAACUUCUAUUAUAGAAUGAUGAUGGACUAUAUGUAUUUGUGGUAUCUCUUGGAUAAUGUAUCGUGGAUGCUAUUGAUUUUAUGGAUAUUAUAGAUGUUAUGAUUUUGUGA